ACCCUGAGGUUGUCCAUUACCAGGAUCACUGUCCAGCUCAUAUAGCUCCUCAAAGUCAAGACAAGCUCGCAACUCCCCACAGAGACGCAACAAUUAUGCUUGGCGAGGACGAAGAUGUAUUCGACAGCGUUACAUGGGAGUCUCCCUCGGCUCCGUACGAUGUCGAUCACAUCACCCCGCAUACUGGACCGGGAUUCAAACAAAGUACUGCUGGAGCUGACGAGGGUCAUGGCCCACACGAUCCCAAGUGGGAGGGGUACCUCAUUACAGUAGUCAAAGAUCCUGUCAAGGAACUGGCAGAAACAAAAGACGCUUAUGUUUCUUACUUGGUCUCGGCUAAGACGAAUCUCCCUAUUUUCUCUACUCCCAAUCCUUCAUCACGUCGACGGUUCCAGGACUUUGUCUUCCUUCGAGACCAUCUUGUUAAGGAUUUCCCAGCAUGUGUAGUUCCCGCUUUACCCGAUAAACAUCGACUGGAGUAUAUAACUGGUGACAGGUUUAGUCCAGAGUUUAUGGAGAGACGGAGGCUCGAUCUUCAUCGUUUCCUGCAACGCAUUUCGUGGCAUCCCACGCUUCAGAGAAGUACUCUUGUUCGUGCCUUCUUCGAGUCUACGGAAUGGCAUGUUCACAUGCAUCAACACUUGGCGCAUCCUCCAGGUCCUGAACCUACGCCAGGAAUUAUAGAUAAUAUCUCAGACACUCUUCUUAAUGCCUUCGCUCGUGUUCGUAAACCGGAUGAGCGUUUCCUCGAGAUGCGGGAAAAUGUUGACAAAUUUGAAGAUGGCCUCGUCCUGUCUGAACGGGUUUGGAAUCGCGUCCGGGGGAGAACGAACGAUGGCAACCCCGAAUCUGGUGAAGAUCUCACCGCGGACUACCAUGAUUUAGCUGUCGCAGUACAGGGCCUAGGAUUUUUAGAAUCGGGCAUCACAGAUCCUCUAAACCAUUUCUCGAAUACCUUGCUGGAGUUCUCUGCGCUCUUACGUCACAAGACGUCAACGACCACUGACCCCUUCCUCGUCCACCUGCAUUCCCUUCUUACAUAUUCUCAUGCCAACCGUGCUGUGUUGAAGUUGCGAGACCAAAAGCAGCUAGACUUUGAGGAAUUAUCAGAUUACCUUUCAGGCGUGACUCUUGAACGGGAUCGCCUUUCGGCAGUAAUCAGUGGCCAUGCAGGGAGUACGGGUUUAGGACUCAGUUCCUACUUGAAAGACAAAGUUGAUGCCAUUCGUGGGGCGGACGAUGACAGGAGCAGGGUAGAGAAGAUGCGAAAGCUGGACAUAAAGAUAAAAGAGCUACAGGACGCGGUCACCACCGCUCACGAAACAUCGGAUGCUUUCAGCGACGAAACCCUUCGAGAGCAAACGGUAUUUCAGUACGCUAAAGAAGCAGAAAUGAAAGAGAUGCUAGGCAAUCUCGCUGAUGGCGAGAUUGAAUUUUAUCAAACAGCCAUGGAAGAGUGGGAGCGGAUUAUACCUAUUAUUCAGCGCAUACGAGUGGACGUUUAGCAUUCUCAUAACUGACCUCUUAUCUCACUUUACAUACGAGCCUUCUUAUUGACUCUCAUUGUAUUCUAGUUUUCUUGUCUACUUGGGGAACCCCAGAUAGAUUUAGUUUCCCGAUAGUGCCGCCUAGGUCCAUGAUUGUUACUACACAAUGUCCCAACAAUUACCACCAAAACCACCGAGUCGGGUGAAAAUUGC